AUGCAGAGAGUCGCUCUCCUGCUGCUGACGCUAUGGGCUACCGCCGUCCAUGGCUUCUUCCCGUGGCUCGCCUGCGAAGCCGACAAUACUUGUAUCGAGCCGAAGAGCCCAAAACCGAGGCGGGAUGGGCAAGGCGAGAAGGCAGAGCGUGCGGCUCUGCCAGAAGGCGGGAGCGUCAGCUUUGAGCUUUUCCAGCGAGCUCCCAAUUCGCCCGAAGAUCCAGUAGCGAAGGCAGCUCGUGCGGCUCGAACUGCAACUCGGCUUGCACACAAAUACGCGCCCGUAACGGCUCCGCGGGGGUCCCGACGACAAGCCGACUUGGCUGCGCGAGAAAACAAGUAUUCGGUGGUGAAGCCUGCUGACCCCACGGCAACACGCAGCGAGGGUGUCUACCAGGACGGGACAGACUUUUCUUACUUCAUCCAGGCCCAGUUCGGCUCUUCACAGACGGCUCUAUACAUGCUGUUAGAUUCGGGGGCGUCGACGACAUGGGUGUACGGUUCGGCAUGCAAAUCCACGGCGUGCGCCAUGCAUGAUGCUUUUGACCCCACAGGUUCGACAACGUUCAAGGCGGAUACCAAGACGAUCAAUAUCCAGUACGGCACGGGGUUUGUCAAGGGGUCGCUUGGCCACGACAGCAUUUCGGUUGCUGGCCUGACGGUUGACAUGGCAUUUGGGGUAGCCAACGAGACAUCGGACGAUUUCACGCAUUUCCCCUUUGAUGGCAUUCUGGGCCUUUCGAUGAGUACAGGUGCCUCGGACAAUUUCAUGCAGGUCCUCGAAGACAAAAAGCUUCUCGACUCUCACAUGUUUAGCGUUUCGCUCAGCCGGAACUCAGACGGGCCGAACACGGGCGAGGUCUCGUUUGGCGCCAUCGACAAGGCUAAAUACACGGGGGACAUUACGUACACGUCGACUUCGACCAAUGCGAAAGGGGACUGGGCUAUUCCAUUGGACGAUAUCGAGUACGACGGCAAGUCGAUUGGUGAUGGGAUCAAGGGGAGGUUGGCCUAUAUUGACACGGGCACGUCUUUCGUGUUUGGGCCGCCGGCUGACGUGGCUGCCUUGCACAAGCUUAUUCCCGGAGCUUCGUCGGACGACGGAGUCAACUACAAGGUGCCAUGCGACACGAACCUCUCCAUCCCCGUCACCUUCUCUGGUGUCACGUACGGCAUCUCCUCCAAAGACUGGAUAUCAAGCAGCGGUGGCGCUUGCACCAGCAAUAUCUAUGGCCAUGAGGUGGUCAGGAACACCUGGCUGCUGGGCGACGUGUUUCUCAAAAACGUGUUUGCGGUUUUCGACGCGGACCAAAGCCGGAUUGGCUUCGCCACCAAGCCCGAGCCUCCCAAACAAACCAGCACAUCAACUGUGUCUUCGUCGUCGUCGACGACGACCACAAGCUCAGGACAGUCGACUCUUUCUACCGGCGCCAUUACACCGUCUCCAUCCAGCUCCUCGCCUGGUCAUCCCGUCGCUGGUCUUAGUGGGCAAGAGACGGGAGCGACCGCGGCAGGGUCGCUGGUGGCCGAGACAGCGUCGAGCCCGUCGGCCACGCCAACGCUAGCGUCGCCUGGCGAGCAGCUCGAGAGCAGGACCUACGUGUCCAUUCUGUGUAUUGUCGCAGUCAUGGCCAUGGUGGCCUAG